AAAACGCUGCGGUAAAGUCUUCUGCAGAAUUCAGAUUUUUGCUUUCGACAGGCCGCAUCGGGGGGUUUUUUCAUCGAAGACCGAAGAUUCAAAGAGGAUUUCUUUAAGGAACAGGAUGAUGUGGACGGUGGGACUUCAGGCGGUUGCCAUCUGUGUUUUCCUGCAGGUGCCGGGCUGUUUCCCAUCAUGCCUCAUAAAGGGCUCUGUAGCAUACUGUGGUUUCCAGAACCUCCGCUCGGUUCCUCCUCUCCCUCCUGACAUCACCCAUUUGUACCUGGAGAUGAACCACAUCAGUGAGAUCAACUCCACCUCCCUGUCAGGCCUCGAGGAGCUGCAGGUGCUGGACCUCGGACGACAGCAUGCACAGCUUGUGAUCAGGAACCACGCCUUCAGCAGACAAAAACAUCUGAGGAGGCUUUCACUCGACUUUAACGUCGGGCUUCAGCUGGAGCUGCAGGCCUUUGAUGGGUUGGCAAGUCUACAGAUUCUCAACCUGGAUUACUGCUCACUUAAAGAAUCUAUACUUAGGGACAAAUAUCUAGAACCGCUGCUGUCCCUACAAACUCUGAGCCUCUUUGGUAACGACAUAAAAAGACUCCAGCCUUCUCCCUUCUUUGUCAACAUGACUCAUUUGAAAGACCUAAAUCUCAAGCUGAACAAAAUUGAUAAAAUUUGUGAGUCUGAUCUUGCUGCCUUUCAGGGAAAAACCUUCACAGUUCUGAACUUAAACUCAGUGUACCUGAGAGAGAUGUCCAGCGGUAAGUUUGACUGGAACAAAUGUGGGAAUCCUUUCAGAGAUCUGACCUUUCAGACACUCGAUUUGUCAAGCAACGGGUUUGGUGUGGGCCAGUGCACGCAGUUCUUCAAAGCCAUCGAGGGGACAAAAAUCUCCCAUCUGAAAAUGUCAGGGCACAUGGGCAGAGGAUUUUCAUUCAACAAUCUUCCUGAUCCAGAUCGCAGCACAUUUGAAGGCUUGCACAACAGUUCAGUCCUCUCUUUGGAUCUGUCUAAAAGCAGAAUAUUUGCAUUGCAACAAGGGGUGUUUAGUUCACUGAAAGAAGUCACAAUCAUUGAUAUAUCCCAAAACAAAGUGAAUCAAAUACACAGAAAUGCCUUUGAAGGUCUUCAGGAUCAUUUAAAAGUGCUCAACCUGUCACACAACCUGCUUGGGGAAAUCUAUUCUUACACAUUUGCUUCUCUGACAAACCUCCAGGUAUUAGAUUUGUCUCAUAAUCACAUUGGUGCACUGGGUUAUCAGUCAUUUAGUCGACUUCCCAACCUGAAAUUAUUAUAUCUAACAGGAAACUCUCUGAGAGAUUUAGGCUUCCCUGCUCCUCUACCAAGUUUAGAUUUUCUUUUACUAAAUGACAACAAGUUGGCACCCUCAUCAGUGAGCAGCAUCUCUCAGUUUGCCAGUAACCUCAUGCAUCUAGACCUUCAGGACAACAGAUUAACAGACUUGGAGGAUGUCUCCACCAUUUUGACCGGUUUAAAACGGCUGAGGCAUCUCUUUUAUGGAGGAAACAGAAUCAGGAGUUGCUCCUUCAGCAGACGAGUCGGUCUGAAUAAUCUCACAGUUCUUGAUCUUCACAGCAGCUCCCUGCAGUCUGUUUGGGCUCAGGGUAAAUGUCUCAAUCUGUUUGACAAUUUUGGGCAUGUUGCUGGUCUCAAUUUGAGCUUCAAUGCGCUGCAGUCACUCCCUCAAGGUGUUUUCAAGGGCCUCACUUCAGUAAGAGAGAUGGACUUCUCGUACAACGCCUUAACAUAUAUCCAGCCUGACAUAUUUCCAACAAGUCUAAAAGCACUCUACCUUUCCAACAACUUCAUAGCCUCGCCUAACCCUGCCACUUUCCGCUCUCUGAGCUUCCUCGACCUCCGGAUGAACCGAUUCCACUGCAACGCUGAUCUGAAGAGCUUCCUGACUUGGUUGAAUGAGACCAACGUGACGCUGCUGAGUCCUGUUGAAGAGCUCAGAUGUGAAUUUCCUGCUAGUGUCUAUAAUGUUCCUCUGAUAGAGUUUUCUGCUAUGGUCUCACAGCAGUGAAAGCAGCUAAAAAAGAGCAGAAAUGUAUUUCUCAGCUGAAAAAUCAUGAUGAAAUAAUCGCUGGAGGAGUGUACCAGUGUCAUGUAUCAUUGAUUAAAGUUGUGCAUGUGAUCUGAAUUUGAAACCAACCCAGAUGUAAUAAAAAAAAAAAAAUCCAGUUAAAGCUAUGGUCUCUUCUCAUGAAAAGCUGGGGGUGAAUUCAGGAUGUUUAAAAAUUCAGGGGCCAUUAAGGGGCCGCAUAAUAUUGUGGCAUGUUACUUACUUUUUGUUGAGCAAAAGUCCAGACAAGCUCAGUACUGCAAUUUUAAGUCUUGUUCUUUUAGCUGCUUCCUUUAGGGGUCGCUGCAGCAGAUCACCUGCCAACAUCUCGCCCUAUGGUCUUCAUGCCUUUUGCCUGGAGGUCCAUCUUCACCAGUCGUCGUCCAGCAUAUCCUCCAUUCCUCGUCGGCACACGUCCAGAGCAUGUCAACCUUACUUCUCUAACUUUGUGUGCAAACUGCUCAACCUGAGCUUUCCUUCUGAAGUACUCAUUUCUAAACCUUCCACAAAAGCGAUGCAUGUUAUUCUAUGAUAUCAACAGCAGAUGGAGCUCCAGAACAAUCACUUGCUGUCCUGUCCAGGACCCCUGUGGAUGCUGGAAGAGGCUCUACUUAACUUAAACAAGAAGAGGAUCCAUAUAGGAGACAAACAUAUGGAUGAACAUUCUCCAUUAGAUUCAGGCUGAUUUGAAGCUGCCAGAAAUUCAGGGGGUUUUAACCAGAUUCAUCCACAACAGCACCCUAUGUAGAGGUCGAGGCAAAUUAAGUAGUCCAUGCAAAAUCUGAUAGGGGUCAGGGAACGAUUAAAGGGGUAUGAAGUGAAUCCUUUAAAAAGAAAAAAGAAAAGAAAAACAAGCACAAAUUUGAGGGAAGAGAGAAAAGACUAAUUGCACUUGCUGAUCUAUUAAACCUUUUUCAGACUGACUCGAUCACACAGAUAUCUGCAAGUACACAUUGAACAUCAUCCAGUAAAACUACAAAACUAAUCCCAGUUACAAAUAUGGAGGUAAACAUAUUUAACAUUAAUUAGUUGCUUUAAAUAUUUUGUUUAUUAGUCAAGAGCCAACAUGUUAGUACUAAAUAUGUACUUAAGGACAUGACGAGGCUGACGAUAUUCAAAGUUUUUGCACAAUCACCUUUUUCCAAACAUUUCUUUUCUGAAACUAAACACCACCUGUGGAAAAUGAAGGGGAGUUUAAAGGUACAUCCCAUACUGCAAUGUUGUCUCUCCCUGUUGUCUUAAUCAGUUUCCUCUUCUCCAAUUAAUGGCACAGUAACUUAAGACGAGUAAAAAUAGAACAAACUUAAACUUUUUAAAAGAAAUGUAGACAUAAUGUGACUUACUGCCACAAAAGGCACAGUGUGUUGUAGCACUGCAACAUCUGCUUGGGUGAAUCAUUUACAGUUUAUUCAAAUCGACGUCAUAUUUUGCAUGCAUGUUGGUGAAGCUGUAAAUUUGCACAUCAAUCGAACGUGCUAUCAUUGAAAGUGUAAUACCGGCUCACUUAUAAGCACUUUAUAACCCAACAAAGACUGCAAGAGUAUUUGUUUCUUGCAUGUAUUUUACUUUAGGUAGAGAUUUUAUGUAGCGGUUUUAGAGCUCAAAAGGAGCUGUGUGUCCUUCAAGUAAGUUCAGAAAUUUUAUGAUAAGGCGGCUGGUUUCACUGGCAUCUUACAGCAGAGCCAGCCUCAGUUUGGUCAUUAACUUCCUAGCUUUUCAGUACAGUAUGGUCACCUCUAAAACAACACCAGCAGGUCUUUUCGCUGGUGGGAUUUCUUGCACCAUUGCAAC